AUGGCGAACGGCCCUCAGACAAGAUCACAGGCGAAACAGGCAAAACGCGCCUUGUUGGUUCCAGCAAUCGACGCAUGGGACGACGACGAACCGCUCACCGAGCUCGACGAUGAAGAUGAUGAACUCGAAGAGGAAUCGCAACCGCCACCCCCGCCACCGACCAAGUCAAAGUCCAAGGCGACAGCGAUAACGAAAGCAGGUCCUUCAACGGGCCCCGCGCGGGCGACUCGACCUUCUACGCAGAGCCGGACUCGCGAAAGCCGCAAGAAGACGGAGGCUCAGCUGCGCCCAUACCUAACCCAACCAAUUCCCAGUUCGCAGUCUUUGUCGGUCCUCUAUGACUUGAUCAAGUCGGGCGACUUGGACCUGGAACCGGAUUACCAGCGAGACGUUGUUUGGACAGACCACAAGCAGUCGCAACUUAUUGAUAGCAUUUACAACAACUAUCCCAUUCCCCCCAUCAUCUGCGCGGCCACAGUCGACCAGUACGGUCAAGUCAUCCGUCGUACUUGCAUUGAUGGCAAACAGCGCCUGACUUCGAUCACAAAGUUCAUGGAUGGAGAGAUUAAAUAUUAUAACCCGCGGAUAAAGAAGUCGUGGUACACCAAGCCCAAGAGACCAAGAGCGACCGGAAGAGUCAUGACAGACAGAGAGCAAAACGAUUUCAAGACAAAAACGUUCCUCGUAUGGGAGUACCACAACAUUACAGAAGAACAAGAGCGGGAGAUCUUCCAGCGCGUCCAGCUUGGUGUGGCCCUUACCCCGCAAGAGCGACUGCAGUCUGUAAAUGGGGCCUACGCGAACCUCGUCCAUAAAGUUCGCAGGAGACUCAAUGAAACGAACGUGUUCAGAAAUUUCUCCGAAUGGGGCGGCAACCGGGGAAAGGACUAUGCCUCUAUCGCCCAGAUCGCGUACCUCAUCUUCCAUGCGACGGAGAGUAGCAAAGAUAUCGGACUGACGCAGCAGAAGCUGGAGAAGUGGCUGCAAACGACCAGUGCCUCGACCAUCCAGGACGAGAAACUGGACAACAGUUUGAAGACGGCGUUCGAUAUCUUUUUCCGCCUCGUCCAUCACGAUCUAUAUGGUCGAUCCAUCACGGAACGGCCCCUGGAACCAUUGGAACUCGUCCUGUCGGUGUACUUGAUCCACCAUUACAAGAAACGGAUGACGGAUUCACAGGUUUCGGACGCCAUUGGAGUUCUUCGAGAUCAGCUCCGGGGCCAAACCGCAUCCAACAGCGAACGGAAACAGGUCAGCAGAGUAUUCAACGAUGGACUGAAUUUCGUCAUUCGCCAGAUAGGCAAGCGCGAGUUCAAGAUCCACGGUGACAUUAGGACUCUUGCCGCUGACGAGCCACCCUUGGACCCCGCUGUGCUGGAGGCUGAUUUGGAGGAGGAGGAAACGGAGGAGGUUCCUAGUGCUCUCUCCAAGGGGAAGAAACGCGCUCGGACUGAAUCAGAGCCUGUCGACGAUGAUGCCAUGGAUGUGGACGAGCCUGAUGCCGAGCUACCUCCAGCAAAGCGAUCUAAGAAGGCAGAGACGCGACCUACCCCUCAGCCCAAGACGGCUGCCGCACAGCAAGCUGCGGACGACGACGACGAAGAUAGCGACGAUGAUACUCCCUUAAUCAAACGACCGCCUCCUUCACGGUCUACAAACCGACUGUCAGUUGCCAAACCUUCGUCGUCAGCUGCUGCUACCAAAAUCCGGAAAAACAAGACGUCCACUUCGAAACCAUCACCCGCGAAUCCCAGUCAAGAAGAGCCAAGCGUACUGUUGCAGACCGCGAAAUCGUCGUCACAUCCGUCGAGGAAGAGGAAGGAAGCUGCCGCCGGGCUCGCUCCCCAACCGAAUGAGUCGCCUCUCACUUCUGCUCCGCCCACUCCCCUUCCGGUUGCUCCUCCUGUGCUUCAGACUCGGGAUGUCGAAAUGCAGCCUCCACCUUGCUCCUCGACCGCGGCGGUCAAUCGUGCGCCUGCUUCAGCGAGGCCGAAUUUAACGCCCAAGGUCGAGGCGAUGACGUCCAUGCCGCCUGCAAUGAGCGGAACAUCGUCUGUCCCGCCUCUUCCCAGUACUGGAUUCCGUGGAUCAAGCAGUGACCGGUUCGAUCGGAUGGCUCCCUUGAGAGAGUUGAGUGCUGCUGCCAGUGGUGGUAGUCAAAUUUCUGCAACGCCCGUCUCUGCUCCGCAACCACUACAACCAACGCAACCGCAACCUCAUCCUCAAUCUCAGCCAUCGGCACAGACUGCGGAAUUGUCUGUCGCCCAGCAUAAAUUGCCGACGCCGCCUGCCCAGGACGAUAUUGCUCCUCCGAGGGCAAGUGGGAGCACUGCUUCUAUGUCGUUCACACAACCGCCGUCGAGAUCUGCGCCUGCGAAGCCCUCGGUUGCGACUGCGAGUCAGCCUGCAGCACCGCCAGCGCUCAGUGUAUCGUCUGCACCGCCUACUUCCACCGGGUUUGCGAGGUAUGCGGGGCAGUUGCCCACUCCACUUUCCGCUGGACCUUCCGCGGGACCGUCGAGCUUUUCUUCGGCGUCUGGCUUCAACCCCUCGGGAUCGUCCUCGUGUUCGGUUUCGUCUAUGAAGGUUUCUGCGACUGCGACUGGGCCGUCGACUACGCCGAAUGUUGAUAAGUUGAAGAACUUGAAGUUCACGAAGCAUCCGGGUCACCUGCCGGCACCUGGAUCGAGUUCUGCGGUGCCCCCUCUGCCGACUCGGCCUGGUGUUCCGGGGCAGGCGAGGACGACGCUGAGUCCUGCGACUUGGGGUCCGUCUGGCAGUGGUAGUGGGAGUGGUGGAGGUAGUGGAGGUGGAGAAAGAGAAAGAGAGUUGGGAAUGAGGAUGAGACCUAUGCCAACUAACUCGACGUCGAAUCCGCGAUCUGAGCGUCCGUUACCGACAAAUCGACCACCUUCGCCCCAGCAGCUCACGGAUGGUCCAGCUAUUUUGCGGAGGGUUCCUGGUGUGCCGCCUGGUGUGCGUGUGCCGAGUCAUCACCAACAGCAGCACCAGCACCAGCAUCAGCCGACGAGGGAUCCCAGGAGGCCACCUCAGGGGCAUCGACCUAUGCCCGGGAGGUAG